AUGAAAACACGUUCACGUACGCAGGCAACAGCCAAACCAUGCUUGGUGUGUUUCACUAUGAAUGCUUCCUUGCUUCUGCCCGGCUUCCUGCUGCUGUCGGUUUUCGGUGCGUGUGAUCGGCCAGUGGGAGCAAAGAGACAAGAACCAGAGAUUUCACCUGAGACGCACAGCGCUCGUCUCCGAGGCCUCUGGAAGCUGCACAUGAGGGACUCCCUGCUGAAAGGAGAAGGUUCAAGUCCUCAUUCAAUCAGAGAAGGAGUCAAACGGCAGCUGCUCUACUGCCGCGUCGGGAUUGGCUACCAUCUCCAGAUUCUGCCCAAUAGCUCUGUCGGAGGAGUCCACAAACCCACUGAGUACUCUUGGCUGAAGGUGUUUGCCAUGAAGCAUGGAGUGGUGGGAAUCAAAGGAGUCAAGAGUGGCUUGUACCUCUGUAUGGGUGCAGAAGGACGGGUCUAUGGAGCGGAGCAGUUUUCUGACGACUGCCUGCUGAAGGAGAACUUGGAGGAGAAUCACUACACCACCUACUCCUCUCUGUCUCAUCCAGGGAUCUACCUGGCUCUUUCUCACAAGGGAGACCUCAGGAAGGGCAACAGCGUGAGCCGCCACCAGGCCUGCACCCACUUCCUACCUCGAACCACAACGUGA